AGUCCGCCUCGCGCCGCCGCCACGGCAGGGUCAGCUGCGCGCGCUCGCCGCUCACUCCACCGCUGCACUCACGCCCCUGUAUCAGCGCGCACACUGUACAGGUUCCUGGCGUCUUCCGCCUACCUCUGACAGCCGGUGUCGCGACUGCUCUGGCCGACACCGUCGAUCGGCUGUCGACGGCCGUGCCCGUCUUCCCGAACGACAACUUGCAUCUCCGUGCAACACCAGCAGGGUUCUGGUCGUUCGUGAUUUGUGUCGGAGGGCGCGUCCGCCGGAAAAGAACAGCUGGUGGUCGGGGAGCGUCGGCGCGGACUCCCGGAAGUGGCGGCUGCGCACACGUCGGCUGCCUGCGGGAGAAAGUCGGUGAGCGGCGGCCCGACCAGCGGGAUCUCUGGCGGCUGUCUGCGCAGCAAGAACGAGGAGGCGGCCCGCUCUGCUGUUCCCUUCUUGCACCUGAAGCCUCACCGCUGCGGAAAACCCACCCUCCGUUCUGUGCUGCAGUCAGUUCCCUGACGAUGUGUGCGUCUUAGUGUUCAGUAACUACGUCCUGAGAAGCAGUGUUCCGUGUUUUCGCAGAGCUGGUUCCCUACCGCGUUGAAUGUGCGUGAUAUGUAGAACUUAUUUGUCGCCGUCAUACUUCGAUGUUGAUCUUUCGGACAGAGCUAAACCGCAGUUGAGUAAUACAGCUUUCUCGUUUACAUGCAUACCUGUUUCACUCUGGACUUAUUUUGUCUGUAAGUAGCUGAAGCCGACUUCCACGUUGUAUUACGUUGGAGCGGCAUUGCCCAGUGCGGAAAGUUCAUCAGUUACAGAUGCAUUUUAGAACGAGUAAGUACGAUUUGGAUUAUACCUGUAUACAUCGAGUGACUGGAGCAGUAAUAUUUACCGAACCGUCAUUAGUAGAAAUUUAGAAGUGAAAAUAAAACUACAAUUUGAAAACUUUUGUCUCUCUCGAACUGAUUCAGUUUUCCACUGCAAUGUCAGUAAAAUCUCUGUGAAACAAGAAGGAAAUAUGAUGACCAGACACUUGCUGAGUUCGCCAGAGAUCAUUUUAGUGUAAACUGAGUGACUGAAAAGGAGACCUUACUCGAAUUGGUCGAACCUGGAAGUAGUGCGUCAGUGUCCGGUGUCAUCCAGCCCACGGGUGUAGCGUCUCCGAGGUGCGAGAGGUGUAACCGGAGCCGUGGGAAGCGAAUGCGCCGGUAGGCGACGAUGGAAGGCGCGGGUGAGUCCGGCCCCGGCAGCGGCGGCACGGAGCCCUUCCUCAGACUACGCAACCGCUCCACGUCGUGGUCGGGCGAGUCGCCGCUCUACAGCAACGAGCAGUUCCUCAGCGUGCUGGCGGGCAGCUCGGCGCCCUGCUGCCCGCACGGAGUGCCCAUCCGCAAGCCCGGCGACGCCGCCGACCAGAGCUACGCCGUGCCGCAGCCCUCGGCCCACUGCUGCGCGCACGUGCACCGCGACUGCCACCGCCACCAUCACCACCACCAUCACCACCACAAACAACGAGGCGCGGAGACCGCUACCGUCGAGGCAGAAAAGGUCCGGAAGUGCUCGUGCGCGUCGCAGCCCGGAAACGCCGCAGCGACACAGCUGACUGUCGGCGAGGAUGUCGUUACCGCCCCGGCACGCGUGUCUUCGUCCUCCUCGGACGCCACGCCGGUCGUCAGACACACGACUAUUAUCCGGUCCGGAUCCUCGGCGAGGCCCGGUUCCGAAAUGCCGACCCGCCGAAGAUCGAGAUCGUCCAGCCGCGGCGGCUCCGUCGAGGACCUGCCGGCUGUGGUAGUCGAGGCGAGCCCGGACGGCAGACGCCCGUCCUACAGCCACCAGCAAGUGGCCAGGUCUCUGUCCGUCGACGACGCGCCGGACGUAAUCUACCGCGAGGAAGCUAGCUUCGGCAGGAGGUCUUCGUCUUGCUCCCACAGCCGGAUCGUUCUCGAGUCCGACGCCUCAGCUGUAGACAACGGCGAUCGCCACAGGAGCAGCAGGACGUCAUCGUGUGAAAGAAUCGAAACAGUCGUACACUCUAGGCGACAGUCGAUGGCGACCGCCCCAGAGGAAAAGCCCACGGUUAGGAGAACUUCCAUGUACGGAAAUGUGGACGCCGACGGCUCCAUCGUCAUCUUCCCUCGCACGUCCGAGAAGAGCUUCGAAGCCGAGAGGCCGCCGCCGAUCGACGCCAAGGCGCUGGACAUACGCCCCGCCCGGCACGUCUACGCCAACGCCAGGACCCCCCCUCGCACGCUCAAGUCGCCGGCCAGUCUCGCCGAACUCUGCGUCAGAAGGCUCAUACGAUGCCCGCAGGUGUUCACGCUGACCAGCCUGGCGGGCGUGAAGAGGCGGCAAGACCUGGGCCAGACCGGCAUAGAUGACAUGAUACAGCUCUCAGACCUCAACGAAGCGUCGUUGUUGUGGAACCUGAAGAUCCGAUAUGACAGAGAGCUAAUUUACACCUACACGGGAAGUAUCCUCGUAGCCGUCAACCCGUACAAAAUGUUCGACAUUUAUGGCCUCGACAUGGUCAAGAAAUACGAGGGACAAAUACUCGGAACGUUACCUCCGCACCUGUUUGCUGUUGGCGCUGCAGCUUACAGUCAUCUCCACAAAGAAGGAAUGCCACCUGAAAAUCAGGUUGUAGUCAUCUCAGGAGAGAGUGGUUCUGGAAAGACUGAAUCAACAAAACUGGUUAUGCAGUAUCUAGCUGCUGUGAAUAAAGCACCUUCAAAUCUGAUAACUGAACAGAUUUUAGAAGCAUCACCACUGCUUGAGAGUUUUGGAAACGCCAAGACAGUGCGAAAUGACAACUCAUCACGGUUUGGAAAAUAUCUCGAGGUUCACUUUAAAGAUGGUGUAAUAAUUGGAGCCAAAAUCACUGAGUACCUGCUAGAGAAGUCACGCAUAGUGACUCAAGCUCCAGAAGAACGUAACUAUCAUGUCUUUUAUGAGAUGUUACGUGGACUUCCAUCAGACCAACGAGAAAAAUAUGGUCUUCUCUCGCCUGACAAAUACUUCUACCUCAACCAGGGAGGCAAUGUUGAGAUUGAUGGCAAGGCAGACAAUGAAGAUUUCCAGUCACUUCUGUCAGCAAUGCAGGUUUUGGGUCUUUCCUCAGAAGAGCAAGAUACAAUUUUCAAGAUACUUGCUUCAGUAUUGCACCUAGGGAAUGUGUACUUUCAUCGGAAGCAACUCAAGCAUGGAACAGAAGGAGUCGAGAUUGGUUCUGAUGCUGAAAUUCGAUGGACAGGACACCUUUUGCAGCUCAGUGUUGAUGGAAUCAAACGCUCACUCACUACUAAAACUACGGAAGCUCGUGGUGAACGUGUCUUCACUCCGCUGAGUAUUGACCAGGCUUUAGAUGCCCGUGAUGCCUUUGCAAAAGCUCUUUACAGCACACUUUUCUCCUGGUUGGUGUCUCGAAUCAAUCAAAUUGUUUUCAAGGGCACCAAACGGACUGCUGCCAUUUCUAUUCUCGAUAUAUUUGGAUUUGAGGAUUUCAAGGAGAACAGCUUUGAACAACUAUGCAUAAACUAUGCAAAUGAAAAUCUUCAGUUCUAUUUCAACAAGCACAUUUUCAAGUUAGAACAACAGGAAUAUGCUAAAGAGAAGAUUGAAUGGCAAACAAUCACUUAUACAGAUAAUCUGCCAGUCAUACAUCUGAUAUCUAAAAAGCCUGUGGGUAUUCUUCACCUUCUGGAUGAUGAGAGCAACUUUCCAAAGGCAACAGAUAUUUCGUUCUUGGAAAAGUGCCAUUACAACCAUGCUCUUGAUGAGCUGUACUCUCGGCCCCGUAUGUCUGGAAGUGAAUUUGGAAUCCGACAUUAUGCUGGACAAGUAUGGUAUAAUGUUGAUGGCUUCUUGGACAAAAACAGAGACACUCUGAGGCCUGAUGUUGUGGAACUCUUAAUCAGCAGUAAACUGAGUAUGCUUAGCAAGAUGUUCCACAGUUUGCGUUCUAGUCAUGAAGCAGCAAAAACCAUUAACAAAGCUAAUGGACGCUUUGUCACAAUGAAACCAAGAACACCAACAGUUGCUGCACGCUUCCAUGAUUCUUUGCAGCAUCUUCUGGAUUCUAUGUCAAAGUGUAAUCCAUGGUUUGUGCGCUGUAUCAAACCAAAUAAUGAUAAAGCACCAAUGAAAUUUGAUAUGCCAAUUGUCCUGGAACAGUUACGCUAUACAGGUAUGCUGGAGACAAUACGAAUACGGAAGAUGGGAUAUCCUGUAAGACUGAAAUUUGCUCAAUUUGUUGAACGUUAUCGCUAUUUGCUCCCUCACAGAGGUCGCACAGUACAAAGAGGAACUCCAUUCAGAGAGCUAUGUCGUGUGAUACUUGAAACGGCAGCAAGUGGUAGUGGUGAUUACCAGUUAGGAACAUCACGUGUCUUCCUACGAGAGGGCCUCGAACGAAGACUGGAACGUGAGCGUGCUGAAGUUGUUAAAAAGGCAGCUGUCACUGUGCAGCGACAUGUACGAGGUUGGCUGGCUCGACGACGAUACCGAGCCAUUCGCCGAAGUGCUGUAGUCAUCCAAGCACACCUGCGUGGCUGGUCUGCUCGACGGAAGUACCGAACUGUCAGACAUGGAGUUAUACGUGCUCAAGCACUCUUCCGUGGGCGUAGACAGAGAGUGCGCUACAAACAGCUGAAGGAAGAACUAAAGAGACGAGCAGAGGUUGAAAAGGUAGCACGUGAAAGAGCCCGAGUGAAGGCACAGCGUGAGGAGCAGGAGAGGGCUUCUCGUGCUGUAGCUGGUGUGAACCACCUGGAGAUACCUGCAGAGUUAGCUUUCAUCUUUAGUAAACUUGAUGAUUGGCAACAAGUCCAUUCAGAAAGAAAUUUGGUAAAAGUAGUUGGUGGUGUACAGUCAUCUGCCCAGAAUGAGAAGUAUCAUCUACCACAUGACAUCGAUCAUUAUGCAUUUACUAAAUUCACCAAUGUCUACUUCAAGAGUCAUCUUUGGGGCAUGAAGAGGGAGCCUAUUAAGACACCGUUUCUUGCUAAGUCAAAAGACAUUGAUUAUCAGGAUUCUCUGGCUAUUUUCAAGCUGAUUCUGAGGUUUAUGAAUGACAAUAAUUUGAGUGGCAAGAAAGAAAUUGCGCUUGGUGAUUACAUAGCCAACAAGGGAAUAAUCAAUGAAAAAAUGAGGGAUGAAAUCCUGUGCCAGUUGUGUAACCAGACGUGGAAAAAUGAGAAUGAUGCAAACAAUGAACGAGGGUGGCUGUUGAUUGCAAAUUGUCUCUCUGUCUUUCCACCAUCAAAGACACUUUACAAAUAUUUACUUAAGUAUGUGUCAGAUAAUGCAUAUGAUGGCUACAAAGCAUUGUGUCAGCGGAAGUUGCUGCAGUCUGCACGUGUGGAAAGUCAGUUGGCUCGCACAUAUCCCCCUAGUCUGCUUGAAUGGCGAUCCAACCGCAAGCGUGUGAAUAUGGCACUUACAGUGCAUUUUGCUGAUGAGGAGACUCGAACUGCAGCAGUUGAUUCAUGGACAACAUGCGAGUCACUUGCUGCUAGUGUCGUUCGAGAACGUGGAAUUCCUGAAAGUUCAGGUUGGACUGUGGCUCUUGAGGGUGGCACUGGUGGCAAUGGUCUGGAGUAUGCCCUCGAUCUCAUCUCAGAGAUGGAGUUGAUGCCUGCAUUUCCUGCCUGUAAGAAUCCCACUUUUGGAGGUUCGCCUGCACCACGACAAAAUGUUAACAAGGUGGUUACCUCUACUCCUAAUGCAAGCCCUGUGCCUGGUGACGUAGAGCCUACAACAACUCCUAGGCGACCAGCAGUGCCUCCACCAGAACCACCAGUUCACAAGCAGCCAGUCUUGGAUGUGCCAACGCCAGCAGCUCGCAGAGAGGAGCCUAGAGUUCGUUCACAGUCUCGUGACCACACUGUCCAGCAGACUGGUCUCUCGAGGAAAUCUGCACUUAAUGACCGCUACUUUGAGGACAGGGGACGUAGUCGUAGUCUCGAUAAUCUCCUUGAAGCGGAUGUGGCUGUCGCUCCAGCAGUUACACCCAGUAAGCUGUCAAGUCUUGGACUUUCUCAAAGCCGACUGAAUGAACGUUACCAUUCUAUUGAGAAAGUUGACAGCACUUCCACGGAUCCAGGAAUGAGUAUGAUGCUGACUGCUGUCUCAAACAAAGAAUAUAUGACAAAGUCAGAAGCAUUACUGGAGGAGAACUUGGAGUCUGUUUCCCAGCGAGGAGAAAAUACUCGAAAAUACAGCCACAGUGCCAGAUCAGCAGAAAUAAAUGGUGGUCAUGCAAGCUCUUCCGCAGCAUUGGAUCAGUUACCAUCUGAUUUGUUGGAUGCCCCUCGUGACCGUGAAGAGUUGGCACUUGAUUUUGACUACCAUGAUUUGGUGAGUCAGUCCCGUAGCGAGGAUGACAAAGGGAGCUAUGUACGUCCAGGCCAUCCACGGUUUAUAAAGUCACACUAUGCGGGUAAAAGGGCAGCACCAGGCAGCCAUUCAAGUCGAGCGUACAUUGAGACUCGCAACUCAGAGAAAUCAGAGUAUGGCGGCAAGUCAUCUGCUUUGUCGGACACAAGUGAAGCACCUUCUCUUGCUUCACAUGUCCGACGUGUUCGAGUACCCUCUCAAGCAUCAGAUGUGGACCAGUUCCUGGAUGAUCUGUUUAUGCCUGUGCUCGAUGGCAGUUUGGAUGAGCUUUCAGAUGCUCGGUCUUUGGCUGCCUCCAUAAAAGGAGGGGGAAGUGACAAGACUCAUGAAGAUAGAGAUAUGGAUGAUUCGGAUCACGAAGUAGCCAGCCUUACUAGUCAAGGAAACAGGUGGCAACAGGAAAGUCGAAUAAUUGAGAAUGUGGAAGAUUACAUAAAAGAUUUGUUCAGACCAAUAUUUAUUAACAGUAGCCUUCGUGGUUUGACAGAAGUUUCAGCUAUGACAGAAGCCAUCAAGGGUGGUGGUGGUAUGGAGACACAGCAGACAUCAACACAACAGCAAACAACUGCAGCAUUUGGAUUCACACCCAUUGCUAGUAUGACAUCACCGGCACCUGUGGUCAUGUCUGGAAUGAUGUCACCUCCACCUGUCAUGAUGCCAUCUCUUCCCAUGUUUAGUCCAGCUGCAACACUGAUGCCAGCUGCCUCGAGCAAUCUCCCAUACAUGGCAACCGGCGGAGUGACAGGUGUGCCUUUCUAUUCUGCAGUUCCUGAAGCUAUGGGACACCAACACAACUUCAUGCCUGUGCCCAUUUACAGUAUGCAAGGUCUGAGCCUGCCAACACCUUUUGGUGCUGCACCAACGGCGCCAGCAGCUGCACCCGGUGUGGACCCAGGCGUGGCUGCUGCUUAUCAGCGUGCCUUCUUGCAGACAGCGAUGGCACAAAACAUGCAGAUCCAGCAGCAGCUCUUAGCACAAAGUCAGGCAUUGCAACAAAUGCUCACACAGCCUGCUGCGCAGUUGCAGAUGCAGCAGAUGCAAGUGCAGAUGCAACAGCAGCAGCAAAUACAGCAACCUGCCUCUCAUCAUCUUGUGUCUGGACUGCACCAAUUUCCGGCACCUCCGCCGGUACCUGCUUAUGAUUCUAUAGACAGGAGUUCGAAGGUAUCUUUUCGAGAGCCGGAAAAUGGAGAACUCUGGUCAACUGAAAAACGCCAGACUACAUCUGUGCUGCAGUAUGCUGCGACACCUGCCUCCGCCAAUGGGCCUACAAGUAAACAGCCACCAAAACCCCCACAGAUUCCUCAGCAGGGUUCUCCUAUCAAAGAAGCUGCAUCUUCACCUAGGAAAAUGAGCCCCACUAAAAAUGCACACUCAGCUUUCACAAAUGUAUUGUCUGAGCUCAAGAAUAGGAAAAGUUCAGUUGAAUCUACAACAUCAUACACUAAGGCACCAUCACCUGGAAUGGCACCACCUCCUCCCCCUCCACCUAUGCCACCACCUCCUGACCAUCCUGACCCUUCAGAAGCUAGACCAUUCUUAGAUCCAUAUGGACGAGCAAAGACUGUUCGCAUUGGGAAAUGGCGAUGGCCUCCUCCUAAAAAUGAGACAGAAGAUCCCAAUGACAGUUUUUUGCAGUUCAAGUUGCGGCAGCAUCAACGCAAGAAUACACCACAGUCACAGCAGCAAUACAACCAGGAAUAUGGCGAUAUGACUGAGGGCAUUGAAUGGGAAGAAUUUGAAAUACCAGAGAGAGGGGGAAGAGUGACAUCUCCUUCUCCAAGGAAGGACAGUCAUUCCAGCAAACCACAAGAAAUCUCUCCAACUAAAGAGAAAUCUUCUGCAAAGGCAUUUGAAGUGGGUGCUUCACGUCCAGUUCCAGGAAGUAUAGGAAAGCUCCGCAUCAGCAGUGAAAUGCGAUCAAAAUUGGAAAUGGUGACAGCAAAUCAUAGUAUCAGGGCAAGUAACAAACCAGAGAAGCCAGCUGUCCUUCCUGCUAAGCGAGAAGAUGCUCGUCCUGUGAGGAAGUUAGAAGAUAAUCGCCGACACAUGCUAGAGCAGCAACUGACCGGUCGUUGGGACUCUGUUGACUCCAUUGCAGACAUUCGAGGUGUUAGCAAGGAAGAACGAUCAGAUGUACAACAAACAAAUAUUGUCCGGAGUCAGGUAGAGCGGAUGGAAAAAACAACUCCGAACCGCAUAGAAGAAAAACUACCUACCACGAAUGGAUGGGAUAGGCCAAGUGCAAAUGCAAUGGCUGAUAAGGCAGCUUGGGAGAAAAGUAUAGGCAUGAGUGGCUGGGAGACAGCAACCUGGGAAAGAGAACGUGAGCCAUGGGAGAGGCAUACAGGUGUGACACCGAAUUCUGGUUGGGACACAAAGCCAGCACCAUCUGCUGCUAGCAGCUGGAGGCCUGCUCCUCCACCACCUCCUGUCACCCCGCACUUCAUCGAUACAUCCCCUACAUCACGGGCCAGCAGCUUCUAUUCCCAGAGUAAUACAAAUGCUCUUCCGAGGCCACGUUCCCCACCACCUCCAGUGCAACCUGGAGGGUUCUCUCAGCAGCAGUUGCAGCAACAGCAUACGUCCUAUCAGCAAGUUGGUGCUUCUAGUCGACUCAUGGACAGAGACCGCCGUUCUUCUGCAUCAACGCAUCUGACAGAUCGUAUGGAGCGUAUUGAGAUUGAGGAGUCAUCUGAAUUCCUGCAGCCUGUGGAUUCAGCACCACCACCAGCUGUAGAGCGACAGGAUCCUAGCCAUCAGCUUGAGGCUAUUAAAACAGUGCUGUUUCCUCCCAGCACUGCUGCUUACUUCACAUACAAUAGAGUAGCCUGGAGGCUUAUAGUCAGGAAAGAGGUGUUCACACCUAGUGAAGUCCUCACCAGCCCAUUGGCCUUGCAUCUAGUCUUUUGCCAAGUUGUCCAAGACUGCCUUAGUACUGGUUGUCUUCGUAUUUCAAGGGACCAGCGUACCAAAAUGAGAAAGUUGCUGGACAACUACGGUGUUACCCUUAGCAACAUACACUCAGCUCAGCAAAAAGUUACCAUUAAGAAGAAUGUCGUUGACAUUGCUAAAGACUGGCCUAUUUAUUUUGCAAGAAUAUUUCCCGUAUCGGGUGGUCAUCAGCAUCCAACUGUUCAGCACCUGGCAGUAUCUCAUUCAGGGGUGCGCCUAGUGCGGCAGGACAAGGCGUCGUCCACCCAUGAUGCCCUCACUGUCACUGACACUUUCAGCUUUGACGAGAUUGCUGAAACAUCUGUACCAAAGAGCAGUGCAAUACAGCUGAUUCUGACGUCAGGUGUACGUAUCUUGUUAUACACACACAGAGCCAACCAGAUUCAGUCAAUGAUUGACAGGUACCAGCUGGAUUAUGAUAAGCUACACCAGAAACAGCAGCCUGUCAUUUCGGCUGUGGAUGGGUACCACCACCAGCAACAGCAGCAGCAGCAGACACAGGGUCAACAUCAACAAGUAUCACUGCAACAACACCAGCACCAACGCACCUCACCCCAACAUGGAAGCCCAAGGCGUGCUAUGUCACCACCUCCAGCUCACAACCAUCUGGAUGCAUGGACUGGGCGGCCUCAGCAUACAGGAACUGUGCUCACCACAGCACAUGAGCUGUCACAGCAGCAGUACCAACAACAGCAACAACAACACACUCUUCCAAAUCAGCACGAUGGCAAGCACUCGUUGUUGCAGUUUGCAAUGCUGCACUUUCGACAGAGUCCUGAGAAGUUCGAGAUGCUUAAAGCAGCUGAUGGAUCCAUCAGUGGCUCCUUGAAAGUGAUAGAGAGUCUAAAAAGUAAGAAGAACAAGAGCAAGAAAGGCAACAAGGAGAAUGAAUGGACAUGGAAAGAACAGGUGGAUCUGGUGAAAUUUAGUUCAUCACCAAUUGAACAAUCAUUAUUACGCCUGGAUUCCGUUGAACUCAAUGAUUUAGCCAUUGAAUGUUUUGUAUCAAUUAUGAGAUACAUGGGAGACCUCCCCAUGCCAGCUGAUGUGACAGAGGUCAAAUGUGUUUAUACUAUACUUAUGCAUUGUCACAAACAUGAGCAGUUACGUGAUGAGGUCUACUGUCAACUCAUGAAGCAGACCACCAACAAUAAGUCAACAAGGCCAGACUCUUGUCAACGUGGCUGGAGGCUUUUUAGUAUAGUAGCUGCAUAUUUUGUGUGUUCGGAUGUACUUCGACCUUAUCUAUUUAAAUAUCUUGAAACAGCUGCUUAUGAUAAGAGAAGAGCAUACCAUGGUACUGCAACUGUGUGCCUGCAUAACCUACGUAAGACUUUUAAAUAUGGUGGUCGAAAAAAUGUUCCAAGUGUAGAAGAAAUUACUGCUAUCAGUGCAGGACGCAACUCAAAACGACAGAUAUACCGCUUACCUGGAGGCACAGAACGAGUUGUAAACACCAAGUGCACUACAGUUGUUCAAGAUGUGAUCGAGGAGAUGUGUGCUAUGAUAAAUGUACAGUCUCCAGCAGAAAUGGAUGAGUUCUCAUUGUACUGUAUAGUAGAAGGGGAUACAUUUACAAUGCCACUGGCACGUGAAGAAUAUGUGCUUGAUGUGACCACAGAACUCCACAAAAACCAGCAGGUUUUUUACUUAAUAUUUUGCCGGUCUGUGUGGCAUUUCCCUCUACGGCUUGACUCCCAUCUUUAUAUAGAAGUGGUUUUCAACCAAAUAGCACCAGAUUAUCUAGAAGGACUUUUGUUGGUGAUGCCAGGAGAGCAAUUGGAGCAAGAUGUCAUUUAUGACAUUGCUAAGAUGGCUGCACUACUGCAUCGUGCUGCUGACAUGACACAUCUGCCAACAAUGAAAGAAACGAAGUUCUUGUUACCAAAGCCUGCCUUAUCAGUACGUGAUGUGAAACCAGCUCAAUGGGUAAACAUGGUGCAGAGCAACUGGCAUGAUGUCCAAGGACUGUCUACAAUACAGGCCAAAGCACAAGUAUUAGACAUUUUAUCUAAAUGGCCAUUGUUUGGAUCUAGUUUCUUUGCUGUGAAGCGUGUGUCAGAUCCAAAAGAGCGUUCAGAGCACAUUUUGGCCCUUAAUAGACAUGGUGUCCAUUUCAUUGAUCUGGUGACACAUGAAACACUGAUUCAUUAUCCCUUCUCUGAGGUGAUCUCAACCAGAAAAGUGAAGUCAGAGGAUGGAACUCUGUUUCUGGAUAUGAAAUGUGGUAACCUGAUGCAGCAGCGUAUUACUCGGCUACAGACAGAUCAAGCGCAUGAGAUUUCACGUCUCAUUCGGCAGUACAUUACCAUGGAACAGAGACUCAGGCAUUCGUGAGGAGAAUUUCUGGUACUGCCUUUCACAGACGGAACUGUUGUGUUAUUACAGACACUGUGAACAUAUUGUGCUUCUUGAGAGAAAGGGCAAGUGUAUUACCAUUAGUGAACUGUGCAGUGCAUCUAUUGAACAUGUAAAAUUGAAAAAAAGAAAUCAUUCCCCAUAAAGGGAUAAAAGGCAAUGUGUGUAAUGAACGAACCUUGACGUUGUAUAUCAAAGUUCUGUGGCGAGAAUAGUCUAAAUUUUCUUAUUUUGGGAGAACAUUGUUUGAGCAUCAAGCAUAUGAUAUUUGGAAAGUGCUGGUUUCAUAUAUAGUUUGUCUUAUUUAUGUUUUUAAUGGCUAGUGCUUGUGAGACCAGAAAAAGUGGUUGAAAAAUAUACAUUGGCUGACAGGUGUUUUGUACAUUCAUGAUGGCAAAUGAAGUUAAAACCACAUGGAAAGAUUUAAAAUACUAUACUUACUUGUGAGUGAGAAUGAAUUUUACUGACUUAUUGAGAAUAAUUUUUGGCAUAGUUUAAAUUGGCAGAUAUACCUGAUACAUCCAGCUAGUAUAGUUUUAAGUUGUCAUAUUGAUAUUAUCUGUUACCAGAUAUCAAAAAGGUUCUGUUCUUUUCUAUGUAUAAAGUUGUCUACAGAUGCAUCUUAAAUGUAGAUCAAGCAUCUGUGACAGUAGUGCAUCUACAUUUUACUGUAAAGAAUUAUGUGCAGCUACCAAUAAAUUUGUGCUCAAAUGCAAUAAUUUCUGUAAAUUUAUUUGUAAAUACAUAUAACUGUAGCAAUCAUAAUUUGUCAUAUCAAAUGCUGCUAUGGUUCAUUGAUGGCUGAAUUUUGCUUAGUUGCUUUUGCAAUAGCAAGCAGUAAGCUGUAUCUUUGAAUAACAUAAGAAAUGUCUGUCACUAAAUUGUAUCAGUGCUCAGGUUUAUUUACUGAUAAGUAUACUGGUCACGACUUUGUAAUGUUGUAUUGAAAUGUAAUGUACUCUUGAAUAAGUGGUGCCAAUACUUUGAAUUAUUAUGCAAGAAAUAUAAGACUUUUUGUGUGCUGAACCUGUUUGGACCAUGAGAAAAGUAUGUUUGUUGUAAAGUGUGAUCGUAUGUGCAGAUAAGACUUUUGCACCUAUUAUUUGCUCAGUCAUUUAUUAUCUUAUGUGUUAUAUGAAAUGUGUAAUCAUAUGAGCUAAUUAUUUUACACCUUAAUCACAUGUAAUUAUAUACUUUCUUCUUUCAAUAAUAUGGCAUUCAUCCUACAGUUCACGGUUUUCCCACUUGACAUUAGUAUGAUAUCAUUAACAAGAGAAGCCAGAUAUUGAACACCAUGGAUCCAGAUAAAUUGUCAUUUAGAUAGGAGAGAAAAAAAAACCAGUUCUACAUUCCAAAGUUUGUGAGAAAAGUAACAGGAAUCUAUUCUUUGGCAUACAACUCGUAAUGAUUGUAAUCAAAUGUUGGUGUCGCUCUGUAGAUGAGUGACUUAGGUAUUAUUAUUUCUGUGUUGUCAGAAAGACCAGUUAUUAUUAAUUUUAUUUUUUGCAUAAAAUAUAAAUUAUUAUGAAAUAAGACGAAAUUCCAAUGUUAUAUAUAUUUGUAUUCAUUUGAUCUGGGAAAAAAUGGUGACUAUUAACAAAUUUCCAUUUUUAUUUCAUUAGGAGUUAAUAUUUAUUUCAAUAAAAUGUGCCUUUGUUACAAAGUUCCAAAAAUCUUUGUCCAUACAUAGAAUGCAAGAGGAAAACCUAAAAUAUUCCAAUGUUGAUUGUAUUGUUUAAAAAGAUUUUUCAUAGAAGCCUUUUCAUCAAAAUUGUAGUGCGCAUUUGAACCUGAAUUCAAAAACCUGGAGUAUAGCGCCUUCAUCACUCGUCCAAUGGACAAUAUUACAAACUGGUUGUAGUCAUUGGGCGAUCAGUGACAGAAGAAACUUUUGAUCUUUCGUGUUAGUUUCAAAAAAUGUAAUGUCACAAGGUAAAAUUUAUAAAUGUCUGCUCUUGAUGUAGAACAUCUGUGCUAAAAUCAAUACAAAGCCAUUGGUGCAUCAAAUGCCCCUCGCCUUGCAUUAAAAACAUUAAAAAUUUCAUUUCUUUUUAUCUUCUUUCUAAUAAAUAUCUGUCUUUUUUGUUACCAAAUGUUUUAAUGUUUGUUGUUGAAACACCUAAAAUUAAUAUUGAUUCAAAAUGUUUCCUUUUAUAUGUUCUUUUAAUAAGAGACACGUAAAUGCCCUUAUGAGUUACUUACCCUGUAAAAUUGAAAUUGUACUUUGUGAUUGUAGGUUGCAUGCAGUUCAAGAUAUGUAUUACGUGUUCUUUAUAUAUGGUUUCUCAUUGGACAGGCAAAUAUUCUACAUUUUGUUUUGGUGCUAAAAUUCUAAAAUGGAGAAGUUCAAGCCAAAAAAUGACCAUAGAUAUUUAUGUAAUGAAUCUAUUAAUUUUCUAUUAUGCUCUAUACAGCUUAAGUUCUUUGCUUUGAAAGAUAUUUGUUUAUCACAUACUCAUUUAAUUAUUAUGAGAAUUGUAAUAUUUUUACAAUAUUGAUGUACAUAUUUUAUAAAAGUAUGCCAUUAAAUAAAAAUUGUAAUGUCACUGUUAUAAUAUUUUGUACAAUUCUUCCAGUUUUUUAAAAAUGUUGUACUCUAUUGAGGAAAGAUACUAGAAAAAUUUGGUUAAGUGCUACAUGUUGUGUGUCAAGUUCAACAACAAAAAAUGACCUUGAUGAAGGCUAUAUGUAACAAUAGCCAAAACUAUAGCUGUUUUAUUUCACAGACAACAUAACCUAAACAUAGUAGAAGCCCACCUCCAUACAUCAUUCUAGAUGUCAUCCAGACUUACUUAUAAUUCUUCAUAUUCAAAUGUCCUGUUUGUUGAAGACGUAUAUUUAUUUCUAAAUUCAUGAGAGAAAGAAGCAUAAAAGAGUAACUGGUAUGUAUAGAUACUGAAAUGACAAAUAGUUAAGUAGAAGGAUGAAAAGAACAGACAACAACAAAAACUGCUGUACAUAAGAGGAAAAGUAAAAAUAAAACAACGAAUAAAAGGAUUAUGGAAAUGAGUAAGAGGAGAAAACUCAAUAAGUAAGGAACUGAAAGUAAAAGUGGUUUUCACCUUGGAGUGUCCUCAUCUUUGUCAUAAUGUAAGAGUCAUCUCAAAUGAGACACACACUAUCAGAGCAGAUUUGCUGAGAGUAGGAAAUGAGUAGACCUCCACAGCAAUCUCAUGUGAUCUAUGUAUAUGAUUCAUGUCAUUAAGACCAGCCCAUUAGCAAAUCUUCUCUGAUCAUUGGGACUCAUAUCAAAGCAGGACUCAGCACUGAAGACAAUUCUACUCAAUUCAAUGAGAUUCUGGGCCGAAGGGAUGCCUCAGACAGUGGUGGGAUACCAACCUGACUUGCCCACUGUGUACAGUCUUACAACCAGGAAUGCUGGUGUGAGUUGCCAUUUCAUUUCAUAGCAGGACCCCUUUGGUUGUCAUCCACAGUAUCCUUACGUCCCAGUGGUAUGUUGAUGAUAUUCCAAGCCCCAUUUUUAUACCUUUCAUGGCAAUCCAUCCUGGGCUUACAUUUCAUCAAGAUAAUGCCCACCUGCACACAGCAAGAAUUUCUACUGCUUGUCUUUCUACUUGCUAAAUCUUACCUUUUUGCCAGCAGGAUCGCCAAAUCUCUCCCCAAUUGAUAAUGUUUUGAUCAUUAUAGGGAGGGCCCUCCAACCACCUCCAGAUUUUGACAAUCUAAUGCACUAUUUGGCACGAUACCCCUUAGGAGGACAUCCAACAGAUCUAUCCAUCAGUCCCAAGGUGAAUGACUGCCUGCAUAAGGCCCAGAGGUGGACCAACAUGUUAUUGACUUGCUCUAUUUGUAAACCUCUUUCUCUUGAAUAAAGGCUCCACUUUUUUUGGAAUCUUAAUCAUUUGUUUGUACAUGUCAUGGUGGGUCAUUCUUUUUGUCUUUGAGAGCAUAUACUAGUUGAAUACCCCUGCUUCACCGACGUAUUUAUUACUUACUCUUCCAUGUGCCUCCUCACAACCUUCCCUCCGCCUCCCCGCAAACUCUCUGUUUCAGCAUCACACACACUCUCUCUCUUUCAGUCAAUUUCCCUCCCCCCCUCCCAAAUACCCAAGCUGUGCUUCCACUAACUGCCAGCGAUUGUCAGAAAUUGAUAUAGGUAUGACUUUAAGACACAACAGAUGUGUUUAUGAUAGUACAGUCUUAUACACAAUAUUGGGGGUACUAUUCCCAGGCACCUUGAUGUGUAAAUAAAUUUAUGGAUGAGCUAAUGUACAUUCCAUGUACAGUUGGCCAUAUCAUAAGGUCUAUGCCACAUACCUCCAUGCUUUGCCCUUGUACUUGAUUUAUUGUGAUGGCAAAUAUCAACUCUGUGUGGUUGUACAAUCUGCAGAAUGGCACCAGGACGUCCAAUGGAAUUUGGGUUGUGUGAGAUAUGUAUACUGAUUCACAACCACCCCUACCUGUUAUGCCAUUUGGUAAUAUGUUCAUUACACACAGUUAUGCUCCAUUGUACAGAUUUGGGGCAUUCAGAUAUCCCAUUAACAUAAAGCAUGCCCCUGUCUUUAACACCAAAUGGUGUGUGGCAUACAAGGAAGUGUCAGUGACUGCAGGAAUUCCAUUAGUGAUUGCCCCGUGCUGUUGUCAUUGACCACCAUGUCGACAGACAUGCAACAGGUUACAUCAGGUAGCAUACCCAGGAUUUAGUAUUUAUCACAGAUAUUAUGUUGUUUCUCCCCUUUCUCUGUUCAUCUCCUUUAUCCCCUCUGUGUCUACCUACUACUCUUUUUCUCUCCUGACCCAUCCCCUCUUGCACUCCCCUCUCCCUGUCGACACCUUCAUGACACACACCCUCCCCCCCCCCCCCCCUAUCUCUCUCUCUCCAUCUCCUACUCUGUUCAUCUCGAUCUUCUCCCAGACAUGCACACAUCAUCUACAUGUGUGGCCCCUGCAAAAGAGUGAUAAAGCAGGGUGGUACUACUGCCGUAACACACCUGUUCUGCCGGGCUGCCUACACAUUGAGGGAUGGAAAACCAUUUCUUGCCAAAGAUGUGUAGGCUGCCCUGCAAAGCAGGUCAGUAAGGUGAUUGGUACUGUUUCCCUACAACACCUGUCAUGCACAACACCUUAGAUGGCAGGGGCUUAAAAAAAUCACAUGUCUGUAUCUUCAUACUUGUUAGAGCCAUAGCAUUGUAAAUCCCCCUAUGUUUGUCCUCUUGAGGCAAGGAGUUUGUGUGCCAAAUUUGGUACACUUCAGUCCAGGGGCCUGGGAGGAUUUCCUAGACAUUCAUACAUAUUCUCAGCUUUAUUAAGAUACUGCCUUAGUGCCCAUUGCUGUGCGCACAUGACUUAAUGGUCAACACAAAUUUUUUGUCAUUUUUAUUUUUAAUCGAAUUUGUAUGUUGUUAUGUCCAAUGCUCAUGUGUAAAGCUACACACUGUGCAAACAGUGUACCUACUCUAUGCAAACUAAGCCACAGAAAUGGUAUUAACAUUUAAUAAAGCAAUUCUUCAUA